AUGUCCUACGCUCCGGUGAUAGGGGCCAACGGCUCAAGCCGGCCGCAGACUACUCACAUGUCAAAUUCCUUCUCCCGACUCAUCUCUUCUCCACCCAGUCCUCUUGCUCGAAGCCGGGCGAGCACCCUUCAGACUGCGGCUGUUACCGGCAACCUGGGCUCGGAGAUGACCACCUCGUCGUUGGAUGAGAACAGUAGGGGAAAGCAGGAAGACAUUUUCGAGAAAAGCAGCCUCAUAAGCGGCGUAGAGGGGACUGUCAAAGAUGUCAGUGAGAUGGAAUCUCCACAAGAUGUCCCUGAGGGCUUUGACGAUCUUCCAAUUGAGCUUGUCAGCUUGAUAGAUAGAUUCAUUGAAUCGUUGAGUGCGAAGGUACAUAACACACCUCCAUCAAUUGAAAAAUUGUCCGAAAUAUUCCAAGAGUUCUACGCGAAAGCGGAAUCCCACAUUGCCAUACAUAUAAGUACCCUGUCAACCAGACAAAGUCGGAGAGCUUCUCCCAAUCCAUCAAUAUCUUCUAAUGCAUCUUACGUGGCCAAAAACGGCAGAAGGCUGCGGGCGUCGUCCUCUGGAGACCAAUUGAGCUCACUGAAUGGUGGAGGUCCUGAACAGCAGAUGCUUACACCACAAGAGAUUUCGGAUCGCAGGAAAGCAAGGCGCUUGUUGGAUCGAAAAGGAACAGCGUUAGAGGAAGCCGUUGAGAGGAGAGUUUGCCAACGUGUUUACAACCGCAUAUGGCGCCAUCGGGCAACCUUGGAUGAGGUCAGAGAUGAGAAACUACGAUCUAGAACGGCAGCGUUGGCACUCGUUGGCAUAGGAUUACGAGAUUUAGGCAUCAACUUUGACCAGCAACCGUCGGAGACGGACGAUAUCCAGAUUGAGGAGUGGAUCUCGAAGGCCAGAGAUGGUCUAUUAAGGAUGAAUGACGCGAAGUAUCCUCUGGGCAAAUUGCAGCAGCUGGCUGCUGCACACAAAAAUAUCGUUGAUUUACUCACAACUUUACAUCAGUCCUCUUCUUCGGCAGAUGAGAUUCUGCCAACGCUUAUCUACACUCUCAUUACGACUCCACCGGAAGGAAUCAAUGUAAUCAGUAAUCUACAUUUCGUACAGAGGUUCCGAGCAGCUAGCAAAGUCGAUGGGGAAGCAGCUUACUGCUUGGUAAAUCUGGAAGCAGCAAUCACAUUUCUUGAGACAGUUGAUCUUGCGAGUCUGCGUUCUGAUGAACCACUAUCAGGGCCUCCGAAAUCAGAAAGCCGACCAACGACACCUCGAAUGGAAUCUCGACCUCAAUGGACCUCCCACACAUCAAUUACACCUCCAAUGUCUUCGACAUCUGCCGCCACCUCCGCAAUUUCAGAUCAGCCAGUUUCUCCUCACCCUCUGGAGUCGCCGAGCAAGCCUACGCACCCCACAACUCCAACUCAUCAACGGAAAUUGAGUAACUUGUUCCAGCCGCCCGCUAGCGCAUUUGGAGCCGCGGGUGAUGUUGUACGUACGACUGCUGAUCAAGGGUUCAAGACGAUUGGUAAUACUCUCGACAAUAGCUUCAAGCUCCUAUUCGGCCGUCUUAAAGAACACAAGGUGGCCAACGACGGUGUCGGUGCAGAAGGCACGAUUAUCGUUCCAAGAACCCUCGAUGACGCUCGGAGACUGGUCGAACCGCCCAAAGAAGAGGAUGAUGAUGAGGACACUAGCCUUCCUUCAGCCAGCCUCCUAGCUACUCAAACCGACGAGCAGGCUGGAAAUAACAGUUAUAAUAAAUCGACUGACAGCUUACUCAAUGCAAUCGUAGGCCGCAAGCAGUCUCGUGACAGAAGCGUCGAUAGUGUUCAAAGCUCAGGCAGUGGGAAAAGAGUAGCUUUUGCGGCCGAGAGCAACGACUCGUUGACUAAAGCUGGAUCACCUACCUCUGCGCCGGCUGCGUCGAACGAGCCGCUGCACGCUGGCAAUGUGGCGGUUGAGUCGAUGCGGAGUCUCGGUAAUACGCUCAACCCUCUUAAGGGCUUUGGGGGUAUGAGUGUCAUGCGAGGAUUUGGACGGAGUACUUCUUCUGGUACACCCACUCCAACACUCGCUAACGCUGGGAAACCGAGCCAAGAGGUCCAGCAGGCUUCCACUACCAAAAUAGACGGGAUGGAUGCUCAAACCUCGUCUAUGAAAGCUUUACCACCGAUCCAACGAUACAUGGAUGUCGCAAGUGCGGAAGACCUUAAGAUUGGUGAGGUGGGCGAGCUAUUGAAUGAUUAUAAACGUCUAGCUGGCGCCUUGAAGACUAUGGGGGUGUUCUGA